GCGGAAGUGACAGUCCACUGUUUGUUGAUGCGGAAGCAGAAAGAGCUUUAAGAUGUUUUGAGAUUGACGUUGUUUUAAAAUAAAACAGAAGGCAACAGGAAAAAAUAGUUUAAUCGAACGUGAGAAGCUAUAGUUUGACGACAUAUCCAAAGCUAAUGGCCGGUAGUAAUCUACAGAAAGCUAUAGAUCUCGCCAGCAAAGCUGCAGCGGAGGACAAAGCCAAGAACUACGAAGAGGCCCUCAAAUUAUACCAGAAUGCAGUGCAAUACUUUCUUCAUGUUGUCAAGUACGAGUCUCAGGGUGAUCGAGCGGCGCAGAGCAUCAGAGCAAAGUGUGCCGACUACCUGGACAGAGCCGAGCAGCUGAAGGAAUAUCUGAAGAAGAAGGAGAAUGCUCCUCCGGCCAAACCUGUCAAAGAGUCUGAUGACAAAGGAGAGGAUGCUGAUGGGGAUGACGCUGAGAAAAAGAAGUUCCAAAAUCAACUCUCAGGUGCCAUUGUCAUGGAAAAGCCAAACGUGAUGUGGGACGAUGUAGCUGGACUUGAGGGGGCCAAAGAAGCCUUAAAGGAAGCCGUUAUCCUGCCCAUCAAAUUCCCUCAUCUGUUUCAAGGAAAGCGAACUCCUUGGCGGGGGAUCCUUCUGUUCGGCCCUCCAGGAACAGGGAAGUCCUAUCUGGCCAAGGCAGUGGCCACGGAAGCCAACAACUCCACCUUCUUCUCCGUCUCCUCCUCUGACCUCGUGUCCAAGUGGUUGGGGGAAAGUGAGAAGUUGGUGAAGAACCUGUUCACUUUAGCCCGUGAAAACAGGCCAUCGAUCAUUUUCAUCGAUGAGAUCGACUCUCUCUGCGGCUCCAGGAGUGAGAACGAGAGUGAAGCAGCGCGCAGAAUCAAGACGGAGUUCCUCGUCCAGAUGCAAGGUGUUGGAACUAAUAAUGAAGGAGUCCUGGUGCUGGGAGCUACAAACAUACCGUGGACAUUGGACUCCGCUAUCAGGAGAAGGUUUGAAAAGCGAAUCUACAUUCCUCUGCCGGAGGAGCACGCCCGCUCCUUCAUGUUCAAGCUGCAUCUGGGCUCCACCCCCAACGACCUGACGGAGGCAGACUUCAUCAAUCUGGGCAAAAAGACCCAGGGCUACUCUGGGGCGGACAUCAGUGUUAUCGUUAGGGACGCCCUGAUGCAGCCUGUCAGGGAGGUGCAGUCUACCUCUCACUUCAAGAAGGUGAGUGGGUCAUCGUGGAAAGAACCCGGCGUUGUGGUGGACGACCUCCUGACUCCAUGUUUACCGAGCGAUCCCAACGCCAUAGAGAUGAAGUGGAUGGACGUUCCUGGGGAGAAACUUCUAGAGCCAGUUGUGUCCAUGCCGUACAUGCUGAGGUCACUGACGAGCACCAAGCCCACGGUGAAUGAGGAGGAUUUGGGGAAGCUGAGGAAAUUUACUGAGGAUUUUGGUCAAGAAGGCUAAUAAUACACGUUCUAAUCAUCAAUGAAACUGCAAAUAACCCUUAUUUUCAAUGUCAGUUACGCUUGUUUCUGUUUUGCUACAAAAAUAAGACAAAGAAAAUAUUUCCCAGGGAUGUGAGCCAACAGAAAGCAAGCUAAUAUUAAGGUUUAAUUAAAGACAAAGUUGCUGUUUUUCCUGGAGAAUUGACUAACAACUUUAAUUGAGGAUUUUCUGCCAAUUAAAUAAUCAACUGUUUAUGUACUGUCGAUCACACAUUUUUCAAACUGCUUAUGUUUACAUAUUUUAUUGGUUUUAUUUGCAUGUCCAAGUGAUACUAUUCUUUAUUUGUUUAAGAGCGACCUGUAUCAUCACUGUUCGAAAAUAGCAGAUAAUGAUGCUGAAUUUGUUAAAUGCACAUUUUCAACACUACAUUCCUCUUCUUAUAGUUUAAGGGGGAUUAUAUUUUUGCUUAACAGAAUCAGUUUGGUGGUUGGCUUUAAUAAAUGGGUAUUUAUACUGUCAAAUGUAACAGUUACUCUUCUAAACAUUGAAAUAACCUUUUAGUAGCUGUUUGCAUUUCUCUAUAUACAAAUUGUCAUUAACCACUUUAAAAGGGCUUUCUGGUUUUCUUGUGAGUUACUGAAUUUUCACUAUUACAGUAUAGUUUCAACCUUUAAACCUUGUGUUCACUUUAUGUUCCUAAUCACUUUAAGAUCCUGUCAUUAUGCUCUGUUGGUUUGAAAUGUCUUUAUAUCAAGUUUCUCUUUCUUACUGACUGGUUAUAUAAAAGAAACUGGUUAUGGUGGCCUUUUGUUGUAUUCUAUAUGACAUGUUCUGUGAACGAAAGUCUCAGGGUUGAAUAAACAACUCAAA